AAUGAAACAGGUACUACGCUGCUUCUGCGAUUUCCUGAAAUCACUUGGAGACUCGUGGAUUAACAAUGGUGAAUGGAUGGUUAAAUGCAAGUAUGAUGCCUCUAUUAAGCUGAACCAAAAUGAUCUGGAAGAUAUUGCACAGUCCAUGCUUGAAGACAUGAACAAGCUAGCAAGAGAAAGGAUGUUUGAUAUGAUGGAUGAGGAUGAGCAGAUGAAUGGAUAUAGUCCCUCCGAGACUGCAUUUGGGAAAGCCUUGUCAGAGUCCUAUUCAGACAGUAAAAAUUCCCUUUCCAGUUCUCCAGCUACUCCAACUUCAGUCCUUCAAGAUAUGACCAAUAUGUUAUCCAAGGGCACAAAGCAAUCCUAUACUCCACCUCUUCUGCUUCAACUUAGAGUUCAAGCAGUUGAAAAACUGAACCCCAUAGAUAUAAAGCGCCUGUCAUUCCACAUGCUUCCUCAUGCAGCAGCUCCAGAUCCUAAUUACCCACUCCAGAAAUGUGAAACAUUUGAGGGACGACGGCUGGAGCUGGAAGCAAAACAUGAAUCUGUAUCAAAAGCAGCAGGCACCAAUGAGGUUAACCAAGAUUUUGAAAUGGAAGAGGACACUUUCGACGUAGUAAUGACCAAUUCAGAUGAGUCGGCAAUUGAAGCUGGAAAAACUAGGACUACUAAUGAAAAUUUGGUAACUGGGCCAGUCCCUUGCACCCCAGCAAAAGGAGAUAUUGAUGUGGUUCCACCACCUACUUCACUCCCUAAACUGAGAUCAAAUGUCUCUGAAAAGGAAAAUACUCCACAAAUUCCAGUAGAAUACAAAUUACCCCUAGAUAAAAUAGCCUCACAAGGAUCAGCAGCACCACCACCCCCACCUCCUCCUCCACCACAGAUGUUUCCCAAAAAUGAAGUACUAUUGGCACGACAAUGUCAAACUCAAUUAUUGGAAACAACAUGUCCAACACCACCACCACCUCCACCUAUACCGUCGCCAAUUGCUGAGGGAAGCAUAGCCAUCACACCACCUCCACCACCACCUCCACCUCUACCACCAGUGACUUCAAUGAGCACAACUUUCUUUCCUCCUCCUCCUCCUCCUCCUCCACCUCCAUCAACUUCCAACAUACCGGGAAGUAUAGCACCACCUCCUCCACCUUCAUCUAUGGCAUCAGGAAAUUUCACAUUUCAUCCACCACCACCCCCUCCACCCAUGGGAUCAGGAAAAAUAGCUCCACCACCUCCACCUCCUCCUAUGGGAGCAUCCAAUGGAGGAGUGCCAGCACCGCCACCCCCCAUGCAGCCAGGAAUGCGAGGUCCUCCACCUCCUCCUCCAGGGCUUGGAGGUGCCAAAGACCCGCGUCUCAGGAAAGCAGCAACCAAAUUGAAGAGGUCAUCCCAAAUGGGAAAUCUGUAUCGGCUUCUCAAAUUAAAGGUGGAAGGUGGGUCUAACUUAGAUGCAAAAUCAUCAAGGAAAGGUAAAAUUUCUUCCACAAGUGGAGGACAACAGGGAAUGGCUGAUGCACUUGCAGAAAUGACAAAGAGGUCAGCAUACUUCCAACAGAUUGAAGAGGAUUUCAAAAAUCAUGAAAAGUCUAUCAGGGAGUUGAAAGUUUCCAUCAACUCUUUCCAGUGUUCGGACAUGACUGAACUCCAUAAGUUCCACAAGCAUGUGGAGUCCAUCCUUGAGAAGUUAACUGAUGAGACACAGGUGCUAGCAAGAUUUGAAGAUUUUCCAACAAAAAAAUUGGAAGCACUGAGGAUGGCAGCAGCAUUGUACUCCAAAUUAGAUACUAUAAUCACAACCCUUAAGAACUGGCAGAUUGAGUCUCCUGUUGGCCCAGUUAUUGAUAAAAUUGAGAAAUACUUUAGCAAGAUCAAACAAGAACUGGAUGCUUUGGAAAGGACUAAAGAUGAAGAGUCUAAGAAAUUUCAGAGUCACAAAAUCAAUUUCGACUUUGGCAUCCUUGUACGCAUUAAGGAAUUGAUGGUGGAUGUUUCUUCAAGCUGUAUGGAGCAGGCACUGAAGGAAAGAAGAGAUGCAAAGGCAAUGGAGAAUGCACAAAAAGGACCUAAAACCGAAUGUCCUAAAAAGAGAUCUGGUAAAAUGCUUUGGAAGGCCUUUCAGUUUGCAUACCGGGUUUAUACUUUUGCAGGUGGACAUGAUGACCGUGCUGAUCAGCUGACAAGAGAACUGGCUUCUGAAAUCCAGACUGAUCCGAAUCAUUAGUCAUACCAUACAAAAAGAAUUUUAGUGACAUCAAACAAAAGAAAAAAAAUAACUGACAAACAUGCAAUAAAAUGCAUAGCAGCAUCCUAAGCCAUAAAUGCACUCAAUCAGAUUUAAGCUUUUCUUGGCAAGGGCCGUAUAGCUGGUUCUUAAGUUGUGAUAUUCACAUGCAUUUUGUUGUCUUGAUUUUUACAAGUAAGCUAGGAAUAUUAUUACCAUACAGAUAGGAUUAUUUGAUUAGACAUUGCAGAACAUUAAGCUGAACUCUAGCUUUCUUCUGCCACUACAUAUACACAUAUUCCCUAAGUGAUUGGUGUUGUAGUCUCAGAAUUUUUUUCUAUACUUUUGAAAUGUGAAACAGCAUGGCUAUCUGCGUGAGUAAUUUCUCCAUCUCAAAAAACAGUUUCAACUAGAAUAAAUUCUGCAUCCUUCUAC